AUGCGGCGCUGCCCUCUUCCACCUUGGCAUGUGUUGGGCGGCAUCUUGCAGCUCCCAAAGGGAUGGAGCCCUGCCCCCAAAGGCAAGGGUGCGGUCCCUGAGGCCUUGGGCCACCACCUGCUAGCCUGACCUUGCUCCCUUUCUCAUUCACUGAGGGAGAUGGAAGAAAAAGAGAGAUGUGAUCCAGCCCCCUUGGCUGCCUUCAAUUGAAGUUCACUUGUUCUCUAAGGCAAGGAAGAAGACAAUGGUCCUGGGUUCUGGACAUUUUUUUGGUAUCCAGCACUUUAGCUGUAGAGAUAAUGGCAAAAUAAACUGAGGCAUAAAGACUUAUUUUUCUACUGCAAAUAGGGUUUUGGAGGGUUUUGUUACUGCUGCUGUUUCAACCUCUUCUCCGAGGGAAAUCAUGGCCCUUAGAGACUGAGGUGAACCCACCAAUUCCAGAAAGAUCCAGGAGGCUACGUUCUUCCUUGGAGGGGAAAGGUAGGGAGCUUCAGAGGCCACCUCCUUCUGGAAAACAAAAACAUGAGUUGCAUGCCAUGGAGAGGUGACAAGACCAAAUCAGAAUCAUUAGAACUACCCCAGCCAGCGCCCUCCCAAAUCUACCAUGAAAAGCAGCGCCGUGAGCUGUGUGCCCUCCAUGCACUCAACAAUGUCUUCCAGGACAGCAAUGCCUUCACCCGGGAAACACUACAGGAGAUUUUCCAGAGACUGUCUCCAAACACCAUGGUGACACCCCACAAGAAGAGCAUGCUGGGAAAUGGGAACUACGAUGUGAAUGUCAUCAUGGCGGCCCUUCAGACCAAGGGCUAUGAAGCAGUUUGGUGGGACAAGCGAAGGGAUGUCAGUGUCAUUGCCCUCUCUAAUGUCAUGGGCUUCAUCAUGAAUCUCCCCUCUAGCCUCUGCUGGGGUCCAUUGAAGCUUCCACUCAAAAGGCAGCAUUGGAUCUGUGUCCGAGAGGUGGGGGGCACCUACUACAACCUUGACUCCAAGCUCAAGAUGCCCGAGUGGAUUGGAGGCGAGAGCGAGCUCAGGAAAUUUUUGAAACAUCAGCUCCGAGGGAAGAACUGUGAGCUGCUGCUGGUCGUCCCAGAAGAGGUGGAGGCCCGCCAGACUUGGAGGGCAGACAUGUAACCCAGCUCUGCCUUUCUUUCCCUCUCUAACUCCAAGCCUUCCCCUCCCCUGAGAGCCUUCAUAGUGGUGUGGCCUGUUUCACCACAGGUCUCUUCUUCCUGCCCCCACAUCUUGUUGGGUUCAUUCUUCCCAGACUCUACAGUGCAAUAGGUCAGUUAUGGGGCAGUCACUUGUUCCUGGAGAAGGAAGAAAGGAAGGAAGGAAGUGAGUGAGUGAGGACACUGUUCACCUUCUCUUAGGCUCCUUUAAGUGCAGAGGAGAAAAGGUGGUCCUAGCAUUGACUUCUUCCUUAUAAAGGCCAUACUUUGGAUUUGAUACACAACCUUUGCUGGAGUUUACCACCUGCUGCCCCCUAUUUGGACAUGCUGCCUCCAUUUUCCCUUUCCUGUCUAAUUUAUGGGUCUGAAGAUACUCAUAAAGCCCAGGUUGACUGACUUGGAGGGCCAGAAGCAUAGGGGCCUCUCAGGAAAUCAUCUCCAUAACCCUCCUUAGCAGUGGUACAGCAUGCUGAAUGAUUCUAACCUUCAGCCCCACCUCAUCUAAGAGCAUAUCUCUAAAAGAAAAGAGGCCCAUUGUGAGUAUUUUUCAAGAGGAAAAUUUCUUUAUCUUGGGCAUUAGCUGAAAUGUGUCACAUUCAGGAGGGGCAAGGGUUGGGGAGCAAUCCAUACACUAUGGGAGGGGGUAACCUGGCCUUGGGUGUCUGGUUCUAUGAAGUCCCCACCAUUUCACCACGUUAGAGAUGUUUCAGUGGGGAGGAGGUUGUAGGAGAAAAGGAAGAGAUGUCUCCAACUUUACCCCAAGGGUCUCAAAAGGAUAAGUUUGAGCUGAGAACAUUCUUUUCUAAAGGAAUUGUAGUCGUUGAGGAUGGGAAGAGCACAAAGUGUUGGGAGCUAGCAGAAGGACUGGGAGUGGAGGCAACUCUUAAGAGCCAGAGCCCCCAAAUCAGGUAGUGGGAAUAUUGUGGGGUGUGGCCUUUGACCAUCUGCUGACAGCCUUUACAGGUGGCCACUUUUAUAAUUCUGGAAGAUAAGAGCCACAGGCAAAUAAUGGCUUUUGUUUCCCUCUACCCUGGUUGGUCUUCUGAGCUGUUGUGGCUCCCUUAGAAAUGGAGACGAGUGAUGGUGCUGACUGGUAAGGGUGAACGCUGCCACAUGGGCACACUUCUCUCCAGCAGCAGAACUAGGACCAUACGUCAAGCCUGAGCAGGCCAAGCUGGCCUGAGCUAUCAGUAGCUUUCUCCCACCUGUGACUGGAGCGCAUGUUUACACCAGCACUUCUGCACACUUACCUACAAUCCACCAAGGCCAUUUUUUUAUGCUGAAUGAUGGCGGCCAGAAAGCAGUUCCUGCAUCAUCCCCUCCCAGCACUUGGCCGCAAUGUCUCCUGCACUGUUUUUCACACUAGUUAGACCUGCUGCUUGGCCCCUUGGGGAGCUCUGUGACCCUGCACGAUGACAUUCCAUUCACCACCACCAGCCAGAAGAUUCAGCCAACUUUGGUGGGCCUGUAGGAAGAGCUCUGUCCAUGACAGCAAGCCAUUUACUGGGAAGGAACCUGCUAGAUCCAUGCAAAUGGCACAAGAGGCCUCAUGCACAUGGAGUCCACAAGCCAAUGGAAUAUGCAAAGACGCUUUAUAAACAUUUCAGGGCUGGUUUCUCUGUUCAUAUCCAAUUCUGGUGCUCAGGAACAGGGACCCAUGCUGAUGCCCAAGGGCAUGGAGACCCCUGUCCCUCCAAGGAAGGGGAUCUCCAGGCCCUAUUGCCCAUCAGUGGGCAACCCUAGGCUGUUUAUUUUUCUUGCUUCCCUUCUUCCCUUUUGUUGGCCUUGUGCUGGGUUUGUUUACAGAGGAUGUAUUUUGUUUAACCAAAUAUUAAAAAAAAAAAAAUGGAAAACUCCAUAAAUAAACCCCAUUACUCAUCUGUCUGCUUGAGUUCUGUAAGUAUGUAAAAGGAAAAAAAUAAACCCUUUUCUUUACUGUGUUGUUGAUUUCAUGUAAAAGGGUUUACCUAUCAUGGGCAGGACAAGUCUUCCUUGUUGCCCAUUUUAAGUCAUUACCUUAUGCCCCAGUGUGGCCAAAAAGGCUAAAAGUAGACCCUGCUUUAUAGGCUCGGGUCUAAACUCAAGUCUUCCGAGUCCUAACCCA